AUGAGCAAAAACAUCCUCAUCAUUGGAGCCACAAGAGGGCUAGGCGCCUCACUCCGCGCUCUAUACGCCUCCAACCCCUCCCUGCAUGUCUUUGCAACAACCCGAUCCGACAAGAAGCCCGGCUCUCAAGCCCAAGUUUCCUGGCUCCAGAAUAUCGACCUUACAAAGCCAGACGUCGGCGACAAACUAGUCUCGCAACUCCCCUCUUCAACAAAGCUCGCAACCGUCGUUAUCUCAGCGGGGUACUUCGGCCUCGAAACCUUCGACACCCCAGACUGGGACAAGCAAGUACAGAUGUACACUACGUCUGCAAUCGCCCCGGUCUUCGUAGUCCAGAAGCUGGCCAAAUCUGGAUUUCUCGGUGAAGGUAGCAAGGUUAUUCUCGUGAGCAGCGAAAGUGGCAGCAUCACGCUCCGUCAUGAGACGGAGGGCGGCGGCAACUAUGGCCAUCACGCUAGCAAGACGGCCCUCAAUAUGGUGGGGAAGUUACUGAGUCUAGAUCUGAAACCUAGCGGCGUUGCCGUGGGUCUGGUCCAUCCGGGGUUCAUGCGGACGGAGAUGACGAAGGGCGUGGGGUUUGAUAAGUAUUGGGAUGCUGGUGGAGCUGUCACUCCGGAUGAGGCAGCAAAAUCACUUGCAGCUUUUGUUGAUGACUUUGAUAUUAGCAAGACUGGGCAGUACUGGGCACCGCGGGGUCCUGGGGACAUUGGAACCGCGGAGCCUGUCUUGGGUGCAAACCUACCUACCCCUCUGCAACUACCAUGGUAA